AUGGAGGCGUCUUAUCAAGGAGGUGUGUCAUACGAUGAGAAUGGAGAUAACUUUCAACGACUUUCUCAAACUAUCGCCAGUAAUAUUAAGAAAAUAUCCCAAAAUGUAUCCUCAAUGUCAAAGAUGGUCAAUCAGUUACAAACACCUCAAGACUCCCAAGAGCUUAGGGCUCAGUUACGCCAAAUACAAAAUUACACUCAGAAGCUGGCAAAGGACACUUCCUCUUUGUUAAUGGAGUUGAUGAGAAUGCCUAAAGAUAAUGCUGCCAACAAACUUACCAGAGAACGACUCAGUGAUGAGUAUAUUGCCACUCUUAAUAGUUUCCAGGCAACACAACGACUCGUUGCGCAAAAGACAAAAGAAGAUGUGAAAAAAGCAAAGGCUCAGUCUAUAAAUAUUGGGGAUCCUUUCGCUAUGGGGAACAGUAACAAAGAUUUGGUAGAGAUGACCGAGACAGAUGUCCGUAAGCAGGAGCAAAUGAAUAUGCAAGCUGAACGUUCUCUCAUCGAAUUGGAGGAACGCGAAAGAGAUAUUCGGCAACUUGAGAGUGACAUACUAACCGUUAACGACAUCUUCAAAGAGCUGAGUACAAUGAUACACGCUCAAGGCGAAGUUGUGGACUCCAUAGAGUCUAGUGUUGAAUACACGGCACAGAACGUCGAGAGCGCCACACAGCAACUCCGGGAGGCUGGGAAUUACAAAAACAAACUGAGGAAGAAGAAAGUCUACCUGGCGAUAAUAUUGAUCAUUGUGGUGUCAAUAAUCUUGAUCGUUUUGUUCCACAACUAAACACGUUGCAGCUCCGAGAUGAUGAUAUGAUUGCUUUUGAAAAACGUAAAUGUCUUUUAAAAUAAAUAAAUAUACGUGGAUUAAAAUAAAUAAUGACAUGUUUUGUACUAUUUUCUAAUAUACAGUUGUAAUGUGAAUUGUGAUACAUAAUAGAAAAUACAGAAUUCUUCGCAAUCCAUCAUGUAGAAGGAUUGACACUAAGUAAGAACACAAAACAAUUCCGUAGGUUUAGUUUAUAAUUUGUUUUCGAUGUGUCGUAUAUGUAAUACAUUUUUUUUAAUGACCAAUAAUUCGUAGACUAUAUUAAAAAAAUUCGGACUGUUCCUUUAACGUUUGCUACAACAAAAAUAAAUUUGCAAAAAAUACUACGUACAAAAAACUUAUGUUCGUUAAUAUACACAAGGGAUUAUUAAUUGCUUUUUAUUAUAAUAAAUAAAUAGCAAAACUGGUAGCAGCGUUUUGAAGACAUCUCGAUAUAGAAAGUAUAAUAUCAUGUAAAAUAGAUAUUUACGUCAUUUGAAAGCAGCUUCGAUUUUUGUACAUUAUUUAGCCACCAGCGUUCUGCUGUUAUUGUAUAUAUACGAUCAUUUAGUCAUAAACUUUAUUAAUAUAUUAUUAUCACUUACGUAACAUGCAUAGCAUAUUCAUUACGUGGCUGCAGUUAAACUCAGGUCUUUUCUAAGGUGCGUAAUGACCGUGACCAAAAGGGGGGGGGGACUAUACGCGAAACUUUGUAGAUGAGGAUGAUGAUGAUGAUCUAACGACUGGACCUUGUUUGCGAUAUGCUUUAUAUGUAUACGGAGAAAAGUUUCAAUAGCAUCAAAACUGCAGAAUUGAUUGGGGCAUGACCAUUUAACAAAUAACCAUAUAAUGUCCAUAUUUUAAUGCCAUUUUCCGUUAUGAGGUUUUCACUAGUCGUAGAAUGGAACACUUUCCACCUACUAAGCAGACAGACGUGAUCACGAGAGUUAUAAAGUUUUCCGAAUAGAUUGUAACUUGAUAUGUUUACUCAGAAUUGAGGGUUCUAAGAAAAUCCUAUUUUUUUCGUUAUUGUAGAUCACUAGCUUAUUGGUUUUUUUCCUACGUAUUCUGGUAACUUCGAGGGGUUAUACUAUAGAUUCUACGAAAUUAGUAGGUGAGCUCACGGAGCUCUAACCUGACGACGUUGCUAA